UAGAAGGUCGGCUGACAGUGUGUACAAUCCUCUCGUUCGCUCAUCAGCGUCCCUCACUAUCGUCAAAUUCUUUAACAAUUCCAGUACUUUGCUCGCAACUACUUGUUGUCGACUCUACUUGUUAUUUCCUCGAAUCGACGGAAUAUUCGCUUGCUUUUUCGUUUAAUAUCGUCAUCAUGAGUAAACCAGUGGCUGAUAUUGCUCUCAUUGGCUUGGCUGUGAUGGGUCAGAAUUUAAUUCUCAACAUGAACGAUCAUGGUUUUGUUGUUUGUGCUUACAAUCGUACAACUGACAAAGUCAAAGCUUUCUUGGAUAACGAAGCCAAGGGAACCAAAGUUGUCGGAGCUUACAGCCUUGAGGAAAUGGUCAGUAAACUGAAAACACCAAAGAGGGUCAUGAUGUUGGUCAAAGCGGGCUCAGCAGUAGAUGCUUUCAUCGAAAAGUUGGUGCCACUUUUGUCUCCGGGAGAUAUCAUAAUUGAUGGUGGUAAUUCCGAGUAUCAGGACACUCAAAGACGGUGUGAGGAGCUUGAAAAAAAAGGAAUCCUCUUUGUGGGUAGUGGAGUGAGCGGUGGCGAAGAAGGCGCAAGGUAUGGGCCAUCUUUGAUGCCUGGCGGAAAUCCAAAAGCUUGGCCCCACAUAAAGCCAAUAUUUCAGGCAAUAUGCGCAAAAGCAGGUGGGGAACCUUGUUGUGAUUGGGUCGGUGAAACAGGUGCUGGUCACUUUGUUAAAAUGGUGCAUAACGGUAUUGAGUACGGUGAUAUGCAGUUGACGUGCGAGGCUUAUCACAUAAUGAGAGACGGUUUGGCUUUGAGUCCUGAUGAAAUGAGUAAUGUUUUCGACGAAUGGAACAAGGGGGAGCUUGACUCAUUCCUCAUUGAAAUAACUCGAGACAUUCUUAAGUACAAAGAUUCUAAAGGCCAUUUAUUAGAGAGGAUUCGUGAUACAGCUGGUCAAAAAGGUACCGGAAAAUGGACUGCGAUAUCAGCCCUCGACUACGGUGUACCGGUCACUCUAAUUGGCGAAUCUGUAUUCGCGAGGUGUCUCUCAGCUCUGCAAAGUGAACGUAUCGAAGCCAGUAAAGUACUCGCUGGACCCAAUGAAACUUACAAAGGCGAUAAAAAACAAUUUCUCGAACAUUUGAGAAAAGCUCUUUACGCCUCAAAAAUUAUUUCGUACGCUCAGGGAUUUAUGCUGCUUCGGGAGGCUGCCAAAAUCCACAAUUGGAAUUUGAAUUAUGGUGGAAUCGCUCUCAUGUGGCGAGGCGGAUGCAUUAUCAGAAGUGUUUUUCUCGGGAACAUUAAGCAAGCUUUCGACAAAAAUCCGAAACUAUCGAAUUUAUUGUUGGACGAAUUUUUCGCCAAGGCAAUGAAGGAUUGUCAAAGCAGUGCGAGAACAGUCGUAUCAACUGCGGUUACAAUUGGAAUUCCCACACCGGCACUGUCGACCGCUCUCGCUUUCUACGACGGUUUUCGUACUGCUCGUUUACCAGCCAACUUACUCCAAGCACAGAGAGAUUACUUUGGCGCUCAUACUUACGAGCUUCUUGGACAGGAAGGAAAAUUCGUUCACACCAAUUGGACCGGAAGAGGUGGGAACGUUUCAGCUUCGACUUAUGAUGCGUAAUAGUUUGUCUAUCAUUGGGGACUAGCAUUUAAUUGAAUUUUUCGAAAGAAUUUUUGCUUUCGUCGUCGAAUUAUCCAAUGUUCAAAUUAAUGGGGAUGAGUGAAAAAUUUAUGAGUAUAACUUUGCGACUGUGACAAUAAUGCACAACAAUUAACGUAACACAAAUAUUUUUACAUUUUUUUUGUUAAAUACAAUAACUUUUGUUGUUGUCGAUAUUGUUCAAUAAGAGGGUUGUAAAAUUUUACAUACUAUUUAAAAUUAUUACUUAUGCAGAAUUAUAAAAGAUUAUAAAAGACAAAAGAUGUAAAUUAUUAUUAUAAUGUAUAUUUUGUACAAGGAUCUAUAUAUAAACAACUGUUUAACGGA